UGGUCAGCUGCGAGCACGUGACUUCACAGCUGAUUUCCGUGGAUGGCGUGUUUUUGCAGGAUCAGAUGUUCGUCCUUACCUCGGCGAGGCAUGAAUGCGCCUCUCAUGAUCGCAGUCGAAACAGCCGUGGCACAGUGACACACAGCUCCCCCCUGACAGCAGACUCACAUUCGUUAUGGCCCAGGCUGCACAGAUAAACGUCCUCGAUAUCAACACUCCGCUCAGAGUGGAGCACGACAAGAAAAGACGACAAUUCAGCAUCCGACUGAACGGUUCCCAUGAUAGGGCUGUUCUGCUGUAUGAAUAUGUGGGGAAGAAGACGGUGGAUCUGCAGCAUACUGAGGUUCCUGAAGCUUACAGAGGACGAGAGAUUGCCAAACACCUGGCCAAGGCUGCAAUGGACUUCGUGGUAGAGGAGGACCUGAAGGCCCAUUUAACCUGCUGGUACAUCCAGAAGUACGUCAAAGAAAACCCUCACCCCCAUUACUUGGAGCGCAUCCUCCAUUGAGAGCAUCGAGGAUCUCUUGAUUCUAAUAGGAGGAUUUGGGAUUGGGUGGGAUGGGUAUCUGUUGGGCGUCCCUAAUCUGUCUGACUGGUCUUGAAACUCCACAAAAGAUUUAUUUUUUUUGUUUGCGAGUGAGCGAGCGUGAAUGCGAUUUGAAGGAGGGGAGAGAUCUGAAACUACAAAGCCGUGAAAACGUUUCUUUGGAAAGAUAAGAGUGUGGACUUUGAGGUGGACUAGUUUCCCAGUAAUUUAAGCAGACUUUCAAGCCAAUCUAGAGAAGUGAGAGACUAUGACACGCAUUAUGAACUGUUUGAUAUGGUCAUAAGAGCGAUGUUAGACUCCAUAUGCCUCUCUGGCCUUACGCCUUCAGAUUUAGUGGUGCUCACGAGAGAGAUACACGCGUACUUGUGUUCCCACAUGCACAGGAGGGACAUCCCAAUGUAACUGUCCCGUCAGAAACAGCUAUUUUAUUCUGUGCAUGUUCUAGGCUGAUUUUGUGCUUUUGCAUGUGUGUAUCGGUGUAUACUAUGGCCAGUGAAGAGCUCAGACUCUGGAGACAAUCGCCUGCCCAUAUAUUCGCAGGGCUGAACCUCUCAGGAUGCACACUUUAUAAACCCAAUAAAGCACCUCUGCAUAGAGGAUUCUGUUACAUGCGGUUGAAUGUGUAUGUAUGAAUAACUGAGUAUGAGUGUAAGAAUAUCAGUGUAUGUUAGUUACUCUCAUAUAUCCCAGGGGUCUCAUUAAAAGUCAGUUGAUGAUCUGCCUUGAGCGAGAUCGGUUGUUUGCAUGGCAUAUUCUGUGCUGACAAACAUCCGUGACACCAUUGAUGACCGUGAUAUUCCUGGCGAUGAUAAUGAAGGUCAUCUUUUUCAAGUAAAACUGGGCUCUGUUACGUCAGUUUAUGAUGUAAUACAGACUAAAGAUGCCUGAAACUCAUCUGUUUUUACACACUUAUGUACUCUUAAUAUUACUAUUCAUGGUUUUGAAUAAAAAAUUUGAGAUAAAACUUGGUUUAUGAGUGUUUAUGCUCAUAAGUAUGAUGCAUUUUAAUUGUGUGUACUUUUGAAUAAAGUUUAUUGUUAUUAUUAUUGAAA